CGCUGAAGCAGCUGUCAUUUGUGGGGACGAUUGGCAGGGCCGCUCGGUGCUCACAUAUGAUCUGGUUUUGGUAAGAUACGUAGUUCGGUUAUCAAUUAAAUGGAGAAGCUAACGUAUGAAGCCGCAGUGAAAAAGGCUCAAUUAGUGGAGCGGAAUCCCCAAUCUAUGCUAGAUCCUUUGCGGGUGUCUAUGCAUGACGAAGGGGACAUCCUGAACUUGGCCCAGCAAAUUCAGAAUGCGGAUAAGCAACUAAAGAAUAGCACCUGUCAAAAAUUGAGCAUUAUUUUGGAACAAAUUCGCAUGCUGCAGGCUCAAGCUGUAGAUAUUCUAAAAGAGUCAAGCCACAACAGUCUUUUACAUAGCGCGGCGUGCAAUUUUACUAAAAAGCCUGGCCAUAUAUAUCAUUUGUAUGAAAGGGCAACGGGUCAAAACUAUUUCAGCAUGCUCUCGCCGGAAGAGUGGAGCUGUGGCGGAUCUGUUGACCCCCAUACAUACAAAGGAAGUUAUAGACUAGAACAUGAUCUAAGCUGGACGCCAGUGGAAAAAAUCAAGCAGCACGAUGAUAAAAUGAAAUGGGUGGAAGAGUGCAUGGAAAAAGCACUGGCGGGCAGACGCGGCACGCCGAUGGCCAUAGAUUUUAACCUUUCUAGUAACACAUUAAAAUAAGCCAAAAUUUGAGUUGAAUAAAACCGAAAAACCAAAACCAA